AGAGGAAAUGACAGUCAGUGCCACAAAGACAAGUGCAUUUACUGAAUUAAAGUUUAUGUACACAUCACAGAGGCUGACCUUUAGAUCACGAUGAAGACCUUCUUCAUCUUCACCCUCUACUUGAUCUCAGGCCUCCUCCUGGUGUCCCCUGUAAAGGCUAAGUCAUGUGGUCCUGGGUUCCAAAUGUUUGGAAGAGAGUGUAAAGAUGAGAAUGAGUGUGAGGACAAUCCCAAUCUCUGUGGAGAUCAUUCAAUCUGUCACAACACAAACGGCAGCUACUACUGCACCUGUCAGCCAGGAUUUCAGUCCAGAACCCCCAACUUUAAUACCACAGAUCCCCACUGUAAAGACAUAAAUGAGUGUACAGAGAACAACCCCUGUCCCAAGAACUCAACGUGUAAGAACUCUAUGGGCUCGUACAUGUGUGAGUGUUUACCUGGCUUCAAGCUAUCCACAGAAACCGCCGCCUGUAGAGACAUUGAUGAAUGUGACAGUGAGGAAUACAAGUGUGGAAAACAUGGAAGCUGCUCCAACUUAGCCGGCAGCUACCACUGCAAGUGCAACCCUGGAUACGGUAACUAUGGAAACAACCAGACCAAAUGCACAGACAUAAACGAGUGUACAUCAAGCAACCCAUGUACCGAGAAUACAACGUGUAUAAAUACUGUUGGCUCGUACACGUGUGAGCAUCUACCUGCUUUCCAAAAGCCAACAGAAUCUCCUACUUGUACAGGUAAGACCAUCACAAUCCCCCCAAUAUACUUUGAAAUGUCUCUAUUUACAUAUCGUUUAUAA